AUGCUUUCCUUCAGAACCGCAGGUUACAACGGCUACGGCGUGCGAUACUCACCUUUUUUCGACAACAAGCUUGCGGUGGCCACAGCAGCCAAUUACGGGCUCGUGGGAAACGGGAAACUCUUUGUUCUAUCGAUAGACCCAAGCGGCCAGAUCCACAACGAUAUCGCAUGGGAAACCCAGGAUGGGCUUUUUGAUACUUCUUGGAGCGAAAUUAACGAAAACCAGCUAGCUGUGGCUCUGGGAGACGGUCUGGUGAAGCUUUUCGACGCCAAAGUGCCGCAAUUCCCUGUGAUGAACUGGAAAGAGCACCAGCGAGAGGUUUUCUCUGUCAAUUGGAAUUUGGUUGAAAAACAGAAUUUUGUCACGUCCUCGUGGGACGGUAACAUCAAACUCUGGGUUCCUUCGAGACAACAAUCGAUGCUCACGUUGAGUUCAAAAGUGGACCAUAGUGCCAAGGCUUCCAACUCGCAGCCGGCGCCUCCAACAAGCCAUAAACAGGGCCAGGCCGCCUUCAACACAGCUCAGUGUGUUUACAACGCGACAUUCUCGCCGCAUUCACCGCUGACGAUCAUCAGUUGCAAUGGGUCGUCGCAUGUUAAUAUAUGGGAUAUUCGUGCUCCGCAGCCGCUCCAGCUUGACUUUGUAGCUCACGGCGGACUCGAGGCGCUAUCUUGUGAUUGGAACAAAUACAAGCCCAACAUUGUAGCGUCUGCGGGCACGGACAAGUCGGUGAGGGUGUGGGAUUUGCGAAUGAUAGCUAAACUCGAUAACCUAAUUCCGGGCCAGCCUCUGCCAGCAUACCACUUACGUGGCCCGACUCCACUUAACGAGUUGCUAGGGCACGAAUUUGCCGUGAGAAAGGUCGUUUGGUCUCCCCACCUGGGCCAGGAACUACUUUCCACGUCUUAUGACAUGACAUCCCGGGUUUGGAUCGACCAGCUGGACGACAAGGCUCGCUUUUUGCAUAAUGGUGGUAGCGGCUGCAAAGGUGUGAUGCGACAGCACCGUGAGUUUGUUUUGGGUUGUGACUACAGUCUCUGGGGAGAUCCGGGGUGGUGUGCAACCACGGGUUGGGACGAGAUGGUGUACAUCUGGGACACGAAGAGGGUUCCACCAAGGUGA